AUGUGCUCCCGGCAGGAGAAGGACCAGUGCCACUCGUACACCCGCCAGAGCAGCGGGGGCUGCCACAGCUCUGGGGGUGGUGGAUGCCACAGCUCCAGGAGCAGCUCUGGGGGCUGUCACAGCUCUGGGGGCAGCUCUGGGGGCUGUCACAGCUCCGGGGGUGGUGGCUGUCACAGCUCUGGGGGUGGUGGGGGCUGUCACAGCUCUGGGGGUGGUGGUGGCUGUCACAGCUCUGGUGGCUCCUCCGGUGGCUGUCACAGCUCUGGUGGCUCCAGCUGCCACGGGAAGCCCCAGAUGCAGGUCCAGCAGCAGCAGCAGCAGCAGCAGCAGCAGAUUCCCCAGAUGCCCCAGCAGAAGAUGAAGUGA